AUGUCUCUAGCUGAAGAACUCCUCGCUGAUCGGGAUUUUGCAAGUAGCAAUGAGGUGGAGGAACCCGGGUUGUCUGAUGAAUUAAUGCGUGAUCUUGAGGAUAUAGAAGAGCUAGAAGAAGAGAUGAUGGAGGAAGUCGAAGUUUCCGAAGAAAACCUACCUAUACCUGAAAUGUCACACAUGAAAGAUGUCAAAAAAGUGGCAAAGCUAAUGAGCUCCAAACAAAUGAAGGAUGUUUUAACUAAAAUCGAUGAACUUCGUAACCAAGAGCGUUCUCAAACUCAGAUAAUGGGCCCUGUAGAAGAAGAUCCAGAAUACAAGCUUAUUGUGCAGGCGAAUAAUCUUACUGUAGAUAUUGAUAAUGAAAUUCUAAUAGUGCAUAAAUUUAUCAGGGACCACUACGCAAAAAAGUUUCCCGAAUUAGAAUCAUUAGUUCUCAAUCCCUUGGACUACACGAGAGCUGUGAAAGCUAUUGGAAAUGAAACGGAUCUGACUAAAGUCGAUUUGAGAUCUAUUCUUCCGUCGGCGACGAUAAUGGUGGUUACAGUCACUGGGUCCACCUCCCUUGGGCAAAAACUUUCUGAAGAGGAAGCUGCUAUUGUGGAUGAUGCUUGUGAAAUGGCGUUUGGAUUAGAUCUUGCGAAACGAAAGAUUUUGGAAUAUGUUGAAUCUCGUAUGACACUGAUUGCUCCAAAUCUUUCUGCUAUCGUGGGCAGCACAACAGCCGCCAAAAUAUUGGGACAAGCAGGUGGUUUAAUGGCACUUUGCAAAAUGCCCGCCUGUAAUGUUAUGCUUAUUGGCAUCCAGAAAAAAACUAGUACUGGGUUUUCAACUGCGACUUCGCCAAAACACACUGGAUAUCUCUUCCAAUCUGAAGUUAUUCAAAGGACACCACCAGAUUUACGAUUUAAAGCUCAAAAAAUAGUUGCAGCAAAAUGCACUUUAGCGGCAAGAAUGGAUCGAAUGCAUGAUUCACCAGAUGGUUCAUAUGGACGAAAAUUGCGAGAAGAAAUUGAUAAAAAGCUCGAAAAAUUACAAGAACCACCGCCCACUAAAACCAUCAAACCACUACCUGUUCCCGAUGAAGGCCCUAAAAAACGAAGAGCUGGAAAAAAAGUGCGACGAGCUAAAGAUGCUUAUGCGGUAACAGAACUUCGAAAAGCCCAAAAUAGAAUGGCAUUCGGAGUCGCGGAGGAUGAAACUGGUUCAUUUGACAGGACAAAAGGAUUAGGAUUGAUUGGAAAGAACUCGGGGAAAAUCCGUGCAGCUGUGGUCGAUCAAAGAGUCAAACCUAAGGCUCCACGACGAGCUCAAUUGAUGGGCGGUUCUUCAGGUGCUACUUCGGGAUUAUCCUCGUCUUUGGCUUUCACACCCGUUCAAGGCAUUGAAUUAAUUAACCCAGAAGAGUCCCAAAGAAAAGCUAAAGAAUUAAAUGAUCGAUACUUUACCGGUGGUGCUUUCUUAAGAGUGGGAAAGCCUAAGCAACCUUCUCCGCUUUCUCAAGGGCAACAGAAGCCAACACCUCUAUGA